AUGAAGAGAAACCGAAUAAUGUCAGCAGAACAAACAGAAGAUUUGAAGGCUUUUGAGAGACGACUGACUGAGGUGAUCGACAAACUUCAGCCAACUGCACGAUUAUGGAGAAUGGUACUCAUUGUAAUGUCGGUAUGUACAGCUGUUGGAGCAUGGACAUGGAUAUGGGAUCCACAGACUACACAGAUCCCCUUUGCCCAGUCCCUCCUGAACCAUCCAUUCUUCACCAUCAGCUGCAUAAUGCUGGUCAUGCUGUUUCUUUGUGGAAUUCAUAAAAGAGUUGUAUCACCAUCAAUAAUAGCCUCCAGGUGUCGCCAAGUGCUAGCUGAUUAUAACAUGUCAUGUGAUGAUACUGGGAAGUUGAUUUUAAAACCACGACCGACCACAUGACUAUAUGGACGGUUAGAAUUAGGACUACGAGGUAGCCCAAGGAAAAGAAGUCGGUGACAGAGAAGACAUUUGGAAUAUUGCAGACUUAAUUCCUUUAUGUAUAUCCUACUUCAUUGACAAAUUUGUCAGCAUUUUUACUUUAAAAUGUCCCAACAUAAGUCAUCAACAACAGUAUUGUAUGCACCACUUAAUUUUAGAUCAUAGUUCAGCAUGGUUGUCUUUGUGGUGUGUUAUUAUACCUGGACUUGAUGUAACACAAUAGAUCUCACAGGAGGUAACUACAGCCAAAUGGUGUCUCCUGAUUAGUCGCUGGUGUCCAUGGUGACGUUUGUUUUUUCACUCUUCAGUGACCACAGCAGGAGGUGAUUCUAGGCCACUCUAGACAUUUUCUAUGAUGCGAAGAAUCAAUUACAACAGACUGGAGGCAGUUUCUAGUAGUUUAUGAGGUAUUGUCUAGCUGUUUCGCCCUAAAAACUUGGCCUUCCAAGCUAGAAACCGCCUCCAGCCUCUUAUGAUCAAUUCUGCGGAUUUUAGCUCACCCUAUCGCAUCAAUCCCUUGCGUACCCUCGGGUAUACAGGUGAGAGGCCUAGGACCUAUCUAUCCACCAUUUAACAGUUAAUGAUGUCGGCUCUACUACCCUCCCUUAUUUUCCAUAAUUGUAAUGUCACAAAGAAUACUUUAAAGUCCUAAAAUAACCUUUUGAAAUAAGAUAAUAUCAUUAUUUAUAGGAUGUUCUAAACAGCAUUACUUUUCCUCAACACAUUGAUUUAGAAGUAAAGGAAUCCAACAUUCUCUACCUUAAGAGAAAUAUUUCCUGGUAAGAUUCUUCUUUGUUAAACAAUUAAUUGGCAAUCAAUUAAGAACAUACCACUGAAAAAGAAAUUGAAACUCUUGAUGCAUGGUGUUUAACUUUACCACAGGAGUAUGUUACAUUAAUGAUAGAAGCCAAGUAGAAUGAUGAUCACAACAAGCUUGAAGUAAGUUAAUAUUUAUUUAUCAUGUAUCAUCAAAUGGUUACAGCCAGAACUGUGGGCUUCAUCAGGACUCUCAAGUAAGAAAAUGUUCUCCUAAACUAUGCAGAAUGUGGACAAACAUAUAGGUAUUGUGACCUUAGUUAAGGGGAUCAUGUGUGUGACCUUCUUUGGCCUUUUAUAGACUCUAUAAGGGUUAGCAAUUAAACCUUGUGGGUUAACUUCUUCUUUCAUGGUAAAAUUACUGAGAAAAUUGAAUGUCUCUUCAGAUGAAUACAAAUCAAAGAAAUGAAAUAACAAAAUUAACAAGUUUAGCAAACUAGUGAUAAACCAAUUCAUAGGACCAGUUCAUCUUGACACAAAGUAGACAUAGAUUCUGACUUCUGUGUUGGUUUGUAUUCUGGAUUAACAUCUUCUAUGUCUGCUUUAGUAGAGGACUCUGAUGUCCUGCAAUUGCAGUUGUCCAUUUCUUGGGGAUAGGCGAGGAAGCAGUGUCCUCACUGUCAGAAGGGCUAGAUCAUCCUUCAGUAAUUCUAUAAUGAUGUCCAAAACAGGUUGAUGUUGCUUGUAUUGUGGACCGACCAUACUGUCCAGUCCAAUUCUGAAUUUUACCUGGUUUAUUUGUUUCCUUGUUAGAGAUUGGAAGGGACAAUAGUUGUCUGUCUUUUUUGCUUGCAUUCUUGUUUCAUCUUUAAACAAUUCCAGCUCCACACUGUAUCCAGGACGCAUAUUCUUUAAAUGGUGAUUGUAGGUUUCUUUUCUGUCGUAUUUGUGUUUGCAUAUUUUACAUCUGUACCAAGUAGCAAUAAGGCAAUGAGCCAUGUUGGCGUGUCUUCUAAGGUUGCAUAGAUGCACAGACCUUUUUUCCACAUUUGAUACAGGGGAUUGCCAUCUUCACAGUUGUCCAUUUGGUUUCUCUUUGUGGUGUUUCCUUCGUAUUAGCCAUUAUGAAAUUAUGUUGAGACCAUCUGGAACAGUGGUCUGAAACAUGUGUAUCCAGCUCUUUUCUGUUCAAAGACGACAGCUGGUUUCUUUCACAAUCCCUGUUACUAUGGCGUCAUGUAAAAUGUGAUCCAUCAAUGUGAAAUGUCCCACCAUUAUUUUGUCGGGUUUAAGUAAGAUGUUAUAAAAAUUACUUCAUAUGUAAGUAUUGAUAAAAUUUACACCUGUACGUCUGUCUGUUAUAUUUAUAUAACAUACAGGCUCUGACCCAGCCCUUUGAUUGGACUUUAGCAUUAUACAGAAGUAUUACAAUUGUGAGAUAUAAUACGUUUACAGGUUUAUCAGUGUACCAGAUUUUUCAACUUUAGAUCAUGACAUAUCUCCAAAAUAUUUCUGUUGAUAUCUGUUGGUCCUGUGACAAAAUAUUGAUGUUUGUCCAACGAAACUAUUUACCUAUUCGUCGGAAACACCAGAGAUUUUGCUCUUGUUGUUGCAGUGUAAUGAAAUUAGCAGAGUUUUGUGGCUUUCUAACUAUACUAUAACCACAGUUAGGCUUUACCUCCCUCUGGUGUGGUUAUCAAUUUACUGAAUUUCCUGCUGAAACAGCAUGCAGUAAAACAUUAAAUUAAUUUUUGAUUUUAUACGUAGUCUGGAGAGGAUAUUUCAAGAUUAUGGCACGUAAACAAUUGAGAAGCAAUGUACUUGAUUUCAAUACAUUUAUCAAGUGUUUCAGAGACAAUUUUUACAAAAUAGUUAUAGUGUCUUUUAGCAGACAUUUUGAGCAACGUCAACUUUACAGUCAUUUGGAAGUGUGCUUCGAUGGAAAUCAGACAAUGGAGUGAUGCCUGCACAUUGUGUACUGAUUUACUUAUAAAAGUUAUUCUUUGACAUUAUUUGUACAAUUUUUUCUGCUAAAAUGAAACAAUGUGUCAACAGAGUGGACAUUUUGUUUUUUUUAAAUUUCUGCUGAAAGCCCCCUCCAUUGAAAAACACUUCUAAAUUUGAAUGAAUAGUAUACGUUGAUACUUACUGUAUAAAUAAGAUGUGAAAUACACACAUUUAUUGAAUAAAUUUUCUAGCUUCUUUGUACCUUCCACUUGGAUGAUGGGGUGAGUCAUGAUCAGUCACGAGAUCUCUGAUGCAGAACAUCGCACAAUAAGUCAUAGAGAUUGUAGAGAUUAAGGUCAGAAUGUUGGUACUACCAUAUAGGUCUUCAUUGCUGCCAUUUUGAAAUGUCCCCUCCGGACCAUAUAUACAACAGUUUAGAAUUUUAAGCAUUGAACUAUCAUGGUGUGGAACAAAUUAUGGUCAUUUAAAUGAUAUAGCUUUGCAGGCAAACAUAUUGCUUGCCAAUCAUGUUUUAAUGGUUGACCACUUGAUGACAGUUGAAAUUUUACUUGGUGUUGAUUGUCAUUUACGUCUAUGUAAAUAUUUUGUAACAUUCAAUAAAAGUUCUUUAUAUCGCGACCAGUAAGAGAAUAAUGUGCAACAUUUCAUUGAACACUUUCAUUAAAUGAAUGAAUAACACAAAAUAGAGCCAAAAAUAUAGCACUGCGAUCUUGUUGUCAGUCAUCAUGCCAUUUUCCACCCUAAUGAUCCUGGUGUACUGGUACAACUAGAUAGUCCUGUUGAUUCUUUCCCGUAUUAUGCACUGAACGCAUUUGUGCUGGUGUGCUUUGUACUGGUCAGUCAUUUGAAGGUGACCAUGUGGUCAUUAAAAUGUCAUACAUAAUUUUCUUAUCAGUUUUAAUAUAAGAACAUUUAUUCUAUAAAAUUCCAUGGAAAAGUGCCAGGUAUAUAUCAAAUAAUUACAGGUAAUUGAUAAUGGUGGUGUGUUUAAGUGUUUUCUUUGCUGUGAGUUGUUUCGGCUUGUGUUACAGGGCCGCAAGAAAACAUUUUAUACAAAUUCUGUAUUGGCAUUUAUCAGAUAUUCCACCAUUGAUGUUGUUUUAGGGGCAGUGGUACCAGAGUGGUCAAGGCGUUUUGUUGUCUUUAUCUUUAUCACUAACCCUCCACCUCUGGGUCAAGUGUUUGAGGCCUACGUGGAGCAGUCACCAGGUGAUGGACGCAAGUUGAUAGUUUUUCUCUGGGAACUCAGCUUUCCUCCACCACCCAAACCUGACACAUCCUUUAAUGAUCCUGGCUCUUAAUAGGAUGUAAAGCUACAAUAAAUCGAACUAAUCUUAACUUGUUGUGUUCACUUUGCAGUAUUAAAGUACAUGGCUCAUCAUUUCAUAGUGUCUGAAGAUAGUACUGUGACUCUUUUUUUCCCCCCAAGGUUUGAAAUAAAAUAACGAUAUGAAUAUAUAUAUAUUAUAUAUAGAAUACAUCGAUGAAGUCAACACAACAAAACGGGUUUCACUGGCAUAUACAGGCCUAUAUCAAUUGAUCUAGUUUUACAAACUUGAAUGUUUUAUUAGAGAAAGUAUUUUUUGCAGUUAGCCGAAAGUUUAUGACUAUAAGAGAUCACUACUUCAGAAAAUGCAGUUCACAAACUGUGUAAUAAGAUGUAAGAGAUUAAUGUUAUAUAACUUUGUGUAUAUAUAUUUGUCAUUGCUUUGUUUCAACUUUUUAUCAUUGAUACUAUAUUUUUUCAAAAGUAAGUGCUUUUUAUCAUGAAGAAAGUGUGCAGUCACGAUAUCCAAACUAAUCCUUGUCAGUGUUAAUCAUAAAAAUAAGAUUUCAUCAGAUUUUGUCUAAGGUUUGAGUGGAGGCAUUCUCAUGACUUGAUGUUGUUUGUUAUUGUGUUGUAAAGUGUUAAAAAGUCUUAAAAGUGUGUAUGUAUGAAUUAAAACUUUUGGAAUGUGUCUGAAUGAUAAAUACAUAUAAUUUGUCAGAACAAAUCAAAAGUGUAUGAAAUUAGGCAGAAAUGUUGUCAUUUCUGUUCAUUCUAAUGUAAAUAAAAUUAUUACGUUUUA